CAGAGGAGCAACACCUGAGUCAAGACUGUGCACUUUACUUUGACCUUGAAUGACAAACAUUGUGGAGGGAUACUGAUAUAGGACAGAAAGAUGGGGAAGGGGAAGGGGAAGAGGAAGUUCUCCCAGCUGGAGAUGAUGCUCAUCGUCUUGUUCCUCAUGGUGACCGUGGUCGCCGUGGUGAUGGUGGUGCUGUUUGCCACGGGCGAGCCUGGGGUCAUCUCAGAGGGCGGUGGGCCUGAGACGCCGGGGGUGGUGCCGCAGUGCCGGAACAUGCCGCUGGCGGAGCGGGUGGACUGCUUCCCUGACUCCGGUGCCUCUCAGAGAAAGUGUCUGGAGCGUGGGUGCUGCUGGUAUCCUAUCGAUGAGACCAAUGUACCCUGGUGCUACUUUUCGGAAAACCACGGAUACAAUGUGACCAGUGACCACCAGCCAAGCAGCACAAAGAUGGACGCCGUCCUGAAGAGAAACACAGCUCCCUCCCUCUUUGGUGCCGACAUCGAGGAACUGUCCUUCCACGCUGACAUGCAGACAGAGAACCGACUCCGCUUUAAGAUUACAGAUGCCCACAAAGCCCGGUUUGAAGUGCCCCAUGAGCACGUGAAGCCUCCCGCCAAUCCCCCGACAGGCGUCCUUCAGUAUGAGCUGGAGCUCGUCAAGCAGCCAUUUGGCAUCAGAGUUCGCAGGGCAUCCACUAAAAAAGUCUUGUUUGACACCACUAUGGGGCCACUAGUGUUUGCUGAUCAGUACCUCCAGAUCUCUGCCAGGCUCCCCUCUCACAACAUCUACGGCCUGGGGGAGCACGUGCACCAGCAGUUCCGCCAUGACACCAACUGGAGGACCUGGCCCAUCUUUACAAGAGACGCUUUCCCCAAUGGAGGAACUCACAACCUCUAUGGGCAUUACCCCUUCUUCCUCUGCCUGGAGGAUGAGAGCGGCAAGUCCUUUGGAGUCUUCCUGAUGAACAGCAAUGCAAUGGAGGUGACCAUCCAGCCUGCUCCAGCGGUCACCUACCGGACCAUCGGAGGGGUGCUGGACUUCUACAUCCUCCUAGGGGACACCCCAGAGGCCGUAGUGCAGGAGUUCACAGAGUUGGUUGGCAGGCCGACUAUCCCCCCCUACUGGGCUUUCGGGUUCCAACUUUCCCGCUGGGACUACGGAAGUCUGGAUGAGGUGAAGAGGACAGUGGAGAGGAAUCGUGACGUUGAUCUGCCCUAUGAUACCCAGUACACUGACAUUGACUACAUGGAGGACAAAAAGGACUUCACGUACGACCUUGUGAAGUUCAAGGACCUUCCCCAGUUUGCCGACUACAUGCACGAGAAGGGCCAAAAGUACAUUCUGAUUCUGGACCCUGCCAUUGCCAUCAGUCCCAGGCAAAACGGGCCAUACCAUUCCUAUGACAGGGGGACUGCGACCAACUCCUGGGUCACAGAGGCUGACGGCAAGACACCCCUUGUUGGAGAGGUUUGGCCAGGGUUGACAGUCUUCCCUGACUACACAAACCCAAAUUGCAUCCAGUGGUGGGUUGAUGAGAUCGAGAGGUUCUACAAGGAGGUGAAGCAUGAUGCAAUCUGGAUUGAUAUGAAUGAAGUAGCCAGCUUUAUUAAGGGGUCGUCCAACGGCUGUCCUGUCAACACCUUGAACUACCCACCCUAUACUCCAAACAUCUUGGAUAAGCAAAUGUACAGCAAGACCUUGUGUAUGGAUGCCAAGCAGACCUGGGGAAACCAUUACGACGUGCACAGCCUGUACGGCUACUCCAUGACCCUGGCCACUGAUGAGGCCGUGAGGAAAGUGUUUGGCAGCCAGCGCUCCUUCAUCCUCACGCGCUCCUCCUUCCCCGGAGUGGGCAAGUUCUCAGGCCACUGGCUGGGCGACAACGCCGCAAACUGGAACGACAUCAAGUGGGCCAUACCGGGAAUGCUGGAGUUCAACCUCUUUGGAAUCCCUUACAUUGGAGCGGACAUCUGCGGUUUCUUUGACGACUCGUCCGAGGAGCUGUGUCGCCGCUGGAUGCAGGUCGGAGCAUUCUACCCCUUCAGCAGGAACCAUAACGCACAGGGCUACCGGCCCCAAGAUCCAGCGUAUUACGGAGCCAACUCCCUCCUGGUGCAGACCUCCAAGCACUACCUGAACAUCCGCUACACGCUGCUGCCCUACCUCUACACGCUGUUCUACAGGGCGCACGUCUACGGGGACACGGUGGUGCGGCCCAUGAUGCACGAGUUCUAUUCUGAUAGCAUCACUUGGACUGUGGACCGCCAGUUCCUGUGGGGGGCCCACCUGCUCAUCACACCUGUGCUGGAUCCUGGUGUGGAGUAUGUGAGGGCCUACAUCCCUAAUGCUGUGUGGUACAACUAUGAGACGGAGGAGAAGCUCACCGACCGUCAAACGCACGUUAAUAUGUACCUUCCCGCCGACAAGCUUGGCCUGCACAUCCGCGGUGGCGCCAUUCUCCCGACGCAGAGGCCGAAUGUCACCACCACCUACAGUCGGCGCUCUCCCAUGGGCCUGAUCAUCGCUCUCGAUGACAACAAAAGAGCAUCAGGCGAGCUAUUCUGGGACGAUGGAGAUUCUCGAGAUACUGUUGCUUCUGGGGCCUAUGUUCACUGCCAGUUUUCAGUGGACCAGGGUGUUCUGACCAUAAGAGUCAUGCACAAUGGCUACACAGACCCAAAUGACCUGAAGUUUGAGGACAUCACCAUUUUGGGUGUGAGCGGCCCACCUACAUCUGUGACCGUGACCCAAAACAGCACCUCCACCACACUGCCCGCAACUAGCGUUGUACACGAUGCCAUGAAAGGGGUGCUGCGCCUCAAGGGGCUGGGGAUGAAGAUGGGGAUGGAUUACAUUGUCAUGUGGAAUGAGGUGAACGCCGACUUGGAGCGCUUCGACUGCCACCCUGAGGAAGGCAGCGACGAAGCAAAAUGCAAAGCCAGAGGCUGUAUCUGGCAGGUGUCACAUCUUGACGGUGUCCCCUGGUGCUACUUCCCCCAAGACUAUGGCUACAUCGCCAGCACUGUUACUGAGGGCCUAAGCGGAUGGACUUUUGACAUUGAGAGGAACAUCAAGUACCCGAGCCCUCGAUCAGUCUCGCGUGAGAUAAACAAACUCCGUGUGGAAAUCUCAUACCUCUCUGGGCACUCCCUGCGCUUUAAGAUAUAUGAUCCGGCUAUGAAGCGUUACGAGGUGCCUGUCCCACUGGAUCUGCCCACCACACCUGAGACGGACCCAGCCAAGAGACUGUAUGAGGUGCAGGUCCAGCAGCAGCCCUUCGGCAUCAAGGUGGUCAGGAAUAGCACCGGAACCAUCAUAUGGGACUCGGCCUUGCCCGGCUUCACCUUCACAGACCUCUUCAUCCAGGUGUCCACCCGUCUCGCCUCGGAGUACAUCUACGGUUUCGGCGAGACGGAGCACCCGACCUACCGCCACGACCUGAACUGGCACACCUGGGGCAUGUUCGCCAAGGACCAGCCCCCCGGGUAUAAGAUGAACACCUAUGGUGUUCACCCCUUCUACAUGGGCCUGGAGAGAACCGCACACGCUCACGGAGUCCUGCUGCUCAACAGCAAUGCCAUGGAUGUGACCUUCCAGCCCACUCCAGCGCUCACCUACCGCACCCUCGGGGGCAUCCUAGACUUCUACGUGCUGAUGGGACCCACACCUGAGCUGGUGGUGCAGGAGUACACAUUGAUGAUUGGUCGCCCUGUCCUUCCGGCCUAUUGGUCCCUUGGAUUCCAGCUGUGUCGCUAUGGAUAUGCCAAUGACUCGGAGAUUGCAGAUUUAUACAGAGACAUGAAAGCAGCUGGAAUUCCUUAUGACGUCCAGUACGCAGACAUUGACUACAUGGAGAGACAGCUGGACUUCGUCUUGGACAAGGAGUUCCAGGGCCUGCCUGCACUAGUGGACCAGAUGAGAAAAGAGGGCAUGCGGUUCAUUUUCAUUCUGGAUCCUGCCAUCGCUGGCAAUGAGACGCGGGGGUCGUAUCCUGCGUUUGACCGGGGUUUGGAACAGGACGUGUUCAUCAAAUGGCCUGCAGAACUCAGCAGCGAGAUCGUCUGGGGAAAGGUGUGGCCUGACUUCCCCAAUGUCACUGUUGAUGAGAGCCUGGACUGGGACACGCAGGUGGAGAUGUACAGGGCCUACGCUGCCUUCCCUGACUUCUUCCGCAACGUCACAGCUGAGUGGUGGCACCGGGAGAUCCUCGACUUCUACACCAACACAAUGAAGUUUGAUGGCCUGUGGAUUGACAUGAACGAGCCCGCAAGUUUCGUCCACGGCACCGUUGGGGAGAACUGUCUGGGUCCACAGAUCUACGACCACCCUCCAUACAUGCCACCUCUGGAGUCCAAGCACAUGGGCCUGAACCAUAAGACUCUGUGCAUGAACAGCCAGCAGUUCCUGAGUGAUGGAACCCCAGUCAAGCACUACGACGUCCACAAUCUUUACGGCUGGUCUCACACCAAGCCCACAUAUGAUGCCCUGCUGAAUGUGACUGGGAAGAGGGGGAUCGUGGUGACCCGGUCCACAUACCCUACCAGUGGCCGCUGGGCAGGACACUGGCUCGGGGACAAUGCUGCCGCCUGGGACCAGCUGUACAAAUCCAUCAUAGGAAUGAUGGAGUUCAGCUUGUUUGGCAUCCCUUAUACGGGUGCGGACAUCUGCGGGUUCUUCAACCACCCCUCGCGCGAGAUGUGCCUCCGUUGGAUGCAACUGGGAGCGUUCUACCCCUACUCCAGGAACCACAACGGCAAAGGGUCCCCGAGACAAGACCCAGUGGCCUGGGAUCCAGAGUUUGCCGUGGCGUCACGGGAUGUGCUGAACAUUCGCUACACGCUGCUGCCCUAUCUCUACACGCUGAUGUUCGAGGCCCACGUCUUUGGAAGCACGGUGGUGCGACCCCUCCUGCACGAGUUUGUCAGCGAUAGGGAGACGUGGGAUAUCCACCGGCAGUUCCUCUGGGGGCCAGCACUGCUCAUCACGCCCGCACUUGAUGAAGGUGUCACGGAAGUUAGUGGUUACCUGCCAGAUGCCAGAUGGUACGAUUAUCACACGGCCGAGCCGGUCGCGAGCCGCGGAGUGACCGUGAAGAUGCCCACGCCACUGGACCACAUCAACCUGCAUGUGAGGGGCGGCUAUAUCCUGCCAUGGCAGAAACCCGAGCCCAACACACUCAGCAGUCGCAAGAACCCCAUGGGACUCAUCGUUGCCCUUGGUGAUGACGGAUCGGCGCAAGGCUCUUUGUUCUGGGAUGACGGCGAGGGCAUCGAUACUUUUGAAAAGAACCAGCACCUCUGGAUGUCCUUCACAGCAAACAAGAACACAUUACGUAAUGAAGUCAGCCAUAAUGGUAUGGCUGUUGGGGACCAGCUGCUUCUGGGAAAUGUGAAGGUGUGGGGUGCCGGGCGGCUGGCCAUCACCAAGGUCACUCUCCGCAGAACAGGCUCUGCUGAUGUCACCCUGACCUUCACACAUAACCAGCGAACAGAGGAGCUUAUUGUGAACACAGAAGGGCAAGCUCAUCCACUGCACCAGCCUUUUACUAUUCUAUGGAGCACUGGUGUUUAACACGCACGGGCCGAAACACUCCUCAUACUGAAGUUGGAAGAUGGAAAGGAAAGCUCUGAAAUCACUGUGCCAGUGAGACAAAUAUUGCACUGCAAAAAGUUAACUUGGAAAUGCUCUGGUGUUUCAGAAUUCCGCUGGGGUAUUUAUGAGCUGUGUUGAUAGCGGGAUAAAUGUUGUAUUUGAUUGCAGAUGUACGUGAGAGAAGGUUGUGUAAUUCAACUUAAUGUUUGAAAAAAAUGUUUGUAAUAAAAUCAUUUGCUUUUGAAAA